GGUGAAAAGUACUUGUUUGGUAGAGGCGGUGAGCAAAAGGAUGAGAAAAGGGCCUUCAAUUACUUUACUCGCGCAGCCGACUUGCAUCACCCACAAGCUCAGGGAGUACUUGCUUUCUGCUACGAAUUUGGUCUCGGUAUCGAAAAAGACUUUAAACAAGCCGAACAACACUAUAUCUCUGCUGCCGAACGCGGCAACGGUCUAGCUCAAGCGCGCCUGGCCUUUUUACGCAAAUACGGACGACCUUCCGUAAGAAUAGACCGUACAGAAGCUGAAAAGUGGCAGCAAAAAGUCAAAGAUCAAGGCCGUCACGCGAUUUCAUGGUUGCAAACUGCCGCAGAAAAGGAAAAUCACCCCGCCGCCCAGUAUUCGCUCGGACUGGGAAUCGGAUGCAGUAAAGAUGAGGAAAUGGCUGUGCAUUUCUUCCGCUUGGCCGCUGAGCAAGAUCACGUUUCGGCAAUGUAUCAUUUGGCAAAUGCUAUGGAAAGGGGAGCUGGUUGUGAAAUUGAUCUUCGUGGCGCAACAUACUGGUUUGAGAAGGCAGCUAGUUACGGGUGUAGGAGUAGUUGCGAGCGUCUGAAAAGACUACUUGUAAAAGAAUUUAUGGGAAGUGAUUAUACUGGAAGCGAAUUUGUUUGCGGACACUAUGCUCCUGCGGCUUGA